UUACCGUUUGGCGCUUGCCGCCUAGUCAAAAUGUGGCAAAGUAAUACUGUAAGUCGUACUUAAAUUUUUUUAAGAUAAUUCAAUGACGAAAUUUAAUCACGUUUGAGCAGACACGGCGUGUAUGCGCUUUAAAAAGUUGAAAUAACAAUCGCUUUGGUUUAAUACUGUAUUGUAUUUUACUUUGCCUGGAUUUUUUCUUUUUAAAAGUAUGUAAAGGAAAGAAAUAUAUUUUUUUUAUUAAAAUGAGUUUUCAUCUAGUAACCAAGAAGAGAGUCUUGGUAAUAUUCUUGAUUUUUGUUUUUAUUAUUAGUUUAGUUUACUUGAAUUUGAAUUAUAUACAACAAAAUUAUGAAAAUGCCCGGUGGUCUAGUGAAAGAUGCUUCAAUGAAUUGACUUCAAUUAAGUACCAACUUAACGUUGUUACAGAAUAUAAGAACCGCAUUGAUAAGUUAUUGACAGAAACACAGAAAAAGUACGAGACUGAUAAGGAACACUUUCAAGACAUAAUAGAGAACUGUGUGGCAAUGAAACAGCAAUCAGUGUUAUGUCAGAGCCAGUUUGAAGAUCUUCAGAGUGAAUGUAAAAAAACAAAAGAAGCCUAUGACACAUUAAAGAAAGAAUCUGGCAAUAUAAAACCUGGAAGAUAAAAUUACCUCAGAAUAAAAUGAUGUAAUAAAAGACAUAUGUAUCAAUGGAAACACAAAGAAUAGUGCUCAAUCAAGGUGAUAGUGGCUGUGAAAUACAAUUUAACUAUUAUGGAGGCGAUAUUGUUUUAAAAAACUUCUUUUUUUUUCAAAUUUUGUUUUUUUGUUUUUAUAUCUGUAAUUAUAAUGUAUACAUAAAGUAACUGAAAAUGUGUAGAAAACUGUAGAUUGGUGUAAUUUACAUAUAUAAAAUAUAUUAAUGUUUUGUGCUUUUGUGACUCUAACUGAAAAAAGUUUAAAUGUUUAACAUUUAUAAUCGUAAAUCAUUACCAGCAAUGUCAGCCUCCUUUUAUUUAUAAUUAGGCUAAAUAUGAGAUGUAUGUAAUGAAACUGAUAAUUUUUAUAAUCUGUACAAUUACUGAUAUCAAUAUUUAUGGUAUAAUUGUUAUACAUACUAAUACAAAGAUCACGCAAUUAUAAUGAAUGUUGUAGUAUUUAAGAUAAAUAAUUCAAUGACUUCAUUUGUAAUGAAAGAAUGGUCUUUAACAGCAGCGCACAUAAUAUAUAUUUUACUCUAUUUACAUUUUUAUUAUAAGAAUAUUGUUUGUAAGGUAUAAGUAAAUUUACAAUAUAGAUACAAUUGGGAGACACAAUCUGUUACACUUUUAAAAUUGUGAAGUCCUUAAUAAAUAUUGUUUAGAAUGCAUAAAAAUUACCAAGAGUUAGUGCGCAUGGCACAUAAUUAUGCAUGAACAAAGUAUGAUGUUUUUCAAACUAUACAUAUACGCACAAUAGAAUGGUUUGGAUAUGCUCUGAAUGUUUGGGGUUGUAAACUUAGCUUAUAACAGAAUUAGGUGUGAUAUUUAUCUUUUAGAGAUAAUGAAUUGAGAUUCAACUAUGUGUAAUCUUACUAAUAUGGGGAUAUACCUGGGGGUGACCAAUUAUUGGAAUUCAAAAAUGCAGUAUUUUGGAGAAAAGCCAUAAUUAGUAAAGUAAAGCUGUUUAUAUAGAAAGUCCAUAUAAUAUAUUAAGAUAAUAUUA